CGCGCCGUACAUUGAACCGGUAAAUUCGUGCUCUUGAAUUUAAUGACUUGCCGUGUUUACGUUUAGUGAAUGCAGUUGAAAGUGGUCAUGUGUGUUACCCGUCCUUCGCAGAGCAUUUACGUCAGAGGAUCUGUGAAGAGUCGCCCUGCGAUUAACAUACUGAAAAUGAGAGGGAAAGUCGAAAGACUGGCAACUCAGCCGCCCUCGAGUUCUUAUCAUGAAAAACUUCUCAACGUCAUAGGCCAGGUAUAGAUACGGCGGCUGCAAUUGAAACUUUAAACCGGAAGAUAUCUCCUGCACUAACAAGAAGUUCUAGAGAGCCCUACAUGGGAAAUUCGUUUUUUAAACCAGAUCACUUUGUCAAUAAUUUUCACCCCGGUCCAUGUAGUUGUGACGAACGUUGAAGGUGUUGCAGGCUGUGAUCUACAUCCGAAGAGAGAGCUUUCCCGGUGAGAUGGAACACGACGAAACGUACGUGGCUGCGGUUGUUGAUUAUCACCCUCGCCCGUGGGACGAUAAUUUCACCGUUGCAGAAUAUAUGCUCGCCAAUGCGGCCGAACAUGUAUCGUUCAUCAAGGAAGCCAAAAAAUUAGACGCUGAGAUUAUUGUUUUCCCUGAGUGUGGGCUAACAGGUAUCACUGGUAUGCUCGGUGAAGCAGGCACAGUCAGGCCGAAGUUUAAGUCAAUUGAUGUGGCCAUUGAAAUUCCUUCACCUGUUGAACCUUUCGAGUCAAAAGGACAUACUUUCACCCCUGAUCAAGAGGUUUUGAAAGUCCUCUCCGACGCUGCCAAGGAAAGCAGCAUUUAUGUCGUGGCCAAUUUAGUAGAGAAAGUAAAUUGUUCAACUGAAACUGACUGCCCACCCGAGCAACUAAUCUUUUACAAUUCCAACAUUGUGUUCAAUCGACAUGGCUGCAUCAUAUCCAGGUAUCGGAAGUAUAAUCUUUACGGAGAAGCUGUGAGUGCUGAAAAAGAGGCGAAUCUGAGCACUUUUGAGACGGACUUUAAUGUAACGUUUGGCAUGAUGAUUUGUUUCGACAUACUGUUCGGCAAUCCCGCACAACGACUUAUCACUGAAAAAGGAGUGUCAGAUAUCAUUUUUUCGUCGGCAUGGUUCUCUGAACUUCCGUUCCUUACAGCAACUAGCGUAGAGGCAGGAUGGGCUCACUCAAUGAAUGUAAAUCUUCUGGCCUCGGGAAUUCGCAACCCGGCAACCGGAAAUGGCGGAAGUGGCAUCUACAACGGCAGUGGUGGACCCCUGGCAGUCACAGUGCCUCUCACUGAAGACAGUGUACUGCUCACAGCCCAAGUGCCAAUUAAACCGACAAAGCACGCGCAAACGAAAUGUUCAUACUUCUCUUAUUCUUCUGCCCAUAGCAAUAUCGGAAAAACAGAGCAAGUUGGCAGAAUAGAUUCCCCUCGUCAGAGACAGUACAUCAAAUCGGAAUAUUUCGGCGACCUACUCCUGAAGAAAGACCCCAGCCUCUCUAGUAUGUCAUCGGAAUUAUUAGAGCCCGAUUCGUUAGACCCAUCAUCGAUAAUCUAUUCGUAUCAUAAAAAUGAUUUACCUGGAUUCAUUUCAUCCAUCAGUGUCAAAUGGAGAGUGGAUUUGCCACUCGGCAAUUCGACCCCGCGUUAUCGUAUGGUUUCGUUCAAUGGUCUCAGACCAUUUGGCGACGUUAGGAAUGAAAGUGUGGGUGUUUGUGGUGUAGUGGCCUGUGGGGAUGAGACGUUCGACUCUUGCGGCGAGGUUCUCCCCCUCGAUUCGGCACCGAAGAUCAUUUUUGAAAGUAUCGAACUUCGUGUGAAGUCCGAUUCCCUUACUUUAGGGUAUCUUCCCAUCACUAUGGAUUUUGGCCUGAAGCCGCUGCCACCCUCUGUCUUUAAGUUUUCUAAAGAGUACGUUCAUUCCAAUCAAACCGAGCCGGUAUGUAUAGUCAAGAUGGCUCUGAUCAAACCAGUUCAGGAUUUGUUUAGUUUUGCAAUUUACAAAAUCCCCGACUAAGUGAAUUGGAUUUGUCUGAUACUCAUUGGCGGAUCCCAUGGCGGAUUUGAAUUAGGGUUCCUUAAAUAUAAAAGCUGUGACAAGAUUACGUACUAACGCAAUUAACAUCCUAUCGAAUAUUUUCGAUCUCUGCCGAAAUACAAAAGAAUUCUUGCCACUUACAACACCGUAGAAGGAAUAUUGCCUCCAGUAAAGUAGUGCGCAAUUAUAUCAUGGCGGAUCCAGCAUUUUGGCAACACCGGAUUUCCUCCAUUUAAACCUAUGGAAAUGCAUCGAUUCCUCUAGGGGGCAGGUACUCCGACAAGAAUCGAUUAUUUAGCAUAGGUUUAAAUAGAGACAAUCCAAUGUUGUCAAAUUGCUGGAUCCGCCUCUUCUGAAAUUUUGUUGUUUUUUUUUUAAUGUAUAAUGUAAUCACAAGGAGAGAUCGAACUUUACUAACUUCUUGGUGACAGGUGGAAACUCUCAGUUUUGGGAAAUUCAACAUUUUUGUAUGGACAUUCAUUAACAGUCAUCAUCUUGGUAUUGGUUAUUGACCCUCCCAGUGGAAAACUGAUGAGCUUCGGAUGACGCAACAUGCCAAACAAGUUUACCAAAUUUCGGUUUGUCUGCUGAACGAAAUGCUCAACCCGUUGUUAAAAAUCUUCCCAGUAAGUACCUAGGUCAACAGAUAAAUGUCCAUGUCCCAAAAGUGAAAGAUUUCACCAUUGCCAAGAAACCAUUGAUAGGUCUCUCCUUGUCUUUGAAUGUAAUUCUGCGAUCUUUUUGUAAUUAUAGAACUCAUCAUUGAUGUUUGUAAAUUACUUGAAAAUAAAAACAUUCAAAGACGAA